UUGCACUACUAAAAGAGGCAAUCCUUUUGAUAGAGAACCAUAUGUAAGUUUUUAGAUAAAGCAAACAUCUCAAAGAAAUAGAACAACUACUUUGUUUUACCCUUUUCAUCUCCUUGAUCUAGUCUGUGUACUAAGGCUACCCUAACCUUUCUCAUCUAUUAACACUACAAAAUCAUUCCUUAGGAAAAGAAAUCAAGCCUUUCCUUUUUAAGUUAUGACACAUUGAUUCUUUUAAAGCUUUGGUCCUAUUUUUUUCCUUGUCUCAUGGAAUCAUUUUACACUCUCAUUUUGAUGACAUUUUCAUUGUUGUCAUUGGAAUUUCAUGGAUCUUAUGCUCAGAAUAUCAAAUCAGUUCAUGUUCUUGACCUCCUCAUAAGAGAUCAUACAUUCAAGUCAUUAGACAAAGACUUCAAGACAGGAAUACCACAAUCAGUGAAGCUACCUUCAAAUUUAUCAGGCAUCAAAGUAGAUACAGUGAGAUUUAGAUGUGGAAGUUUAACAAGGUAUGGUGCAAAAUUAAAGGAGUUUCAUCUUGGUAUUGGUGUUAGUAUUCAUCCAUGUAUUGAAAGAGUAAUGUUGAUAAGACAAAGCAUAGAGUAUAAUAAUAAUUGGUCUUCUAUAUAUUAUGCAAACUAUAAUGAUCUAUCUAAGUAUCAACUUGUUUCUCCAAUUGUUGGAAUUUUAGCUUACAAUGCUGAUGAAGAUUCAAAUUCUAGUAGUAACCCUUUUCAACUUGGAAUUGAAGCUGGUGAAAAACUCAUCACAAUUGAUUUCAACAAUGCUACAAAUUUCAACAACCAAGAAGAAAAAGGUAUCAAAGUGAAACCAUUAUGUGUAAGUUUUGAAGGAAAUGGAAAAAUGACACUUGCAAUAACAAAACCUUUAGCAACAAAUGUUUGUGUUGCUAAAACACAUGGACAUUUUGGUUUGGUUGUUGAGUCUGAGUCUUUACAACAUCAAGAUGAUGAGUAUAAAAAGCCUAUAAGACUAAGUCAAUGGAAAAUUGCAGUUGGGAGUACCAUUGGUGCUGCUUUAGGUGCUUUUCUUUUAGGUUUACUUUUUGUAGCAAUGGUUGUUAGGGUUAAGAAAAGGUCAAGAAUGGUUCAGAUGGAAAGAAGAGCUUAUGAAGAAGAAGCACUUCAGGUUUCAAUGGUUGGACAUGUGAGAGCUCCUACUGCACCUGGAACUAGAACAACACCAACACUUGAGCAACAUGACUACAUAACUCGACAUCCUCGUUGAUGAGGUUUACUGCAUGUUUGGAUUCACGGUGAGUGUGGCAAAAUGACGAUGUCACCGUUAUUUCGUGAAAUUCACCUUGAUUUCAAAACAUGCAGUUUAUUGUGUUACUAGUUAAUCAGUUUUGUAACAUUAAAGAUGACAUUCAAUCAAAUUUAUUAUAGGCCAAAUCUUAAAUUGUAUUAUUAGUUCAUGUUAAUUGUAAUGACCGUAUGAUUAUGUGAAUGCAUGAAAUUCAAAUCUUAUAUAGAGGACUUCAAUUCCUACUUUAUGCUGAUAUUAAAA